UUCAACGUUCCGUAACAAAAGUUCAGAUAACUUUCAGGAGAUUCCGGAUAUGACGUUGCAGAUCACCACUCCUAUAUCUUGUGUACCCUAUGGGACGGAAAACGUUACGGAGUUUACGAAAAACAUGACCGGAUGUAAGGUUGUCCCGGUGGAGGGACUUCCGGAGGACAUGACGUUUAAUGAUAACAGUGUGGUAGCUGUGGCCGCCUACACCUGUCUGUUCGUGGUAGCCGCAUGUGGUAACCUUACAGUAUUUAUCACGUUAUUUAGAAACAGACAUGUCAAAUCCCGUGUCAACCUGUUCAUUUUACACCUGUCAAUAGCUGAUCUUAUCGUAACUUUUAUUAUGCUACCAAUGGAGAUCUCUUGGCAUAUCACCGUAGCCUGGACGGCCGGAGACUUGACUUGUAGGAUCCUCAUGUUUUUCCGUGCUUUUGGACUUUACCUUUCCUCUUUCAUACUCGUGACUAUUAGUCUGGACCGUUAUUUUGCUAUUUUGCAUCCAUUGAGUUUAAAUGAUGCCGAUAAACGGGGGAAAAUAAUGUUGACAUUAGCCUGGAGUUUUAGCCUUGUUGCCAGCAUUCCACAGAGUGUUAUAUUCCACGUGGAGCACCAUCCUCAGCAUCCUUGGUAUACACAGUGCGUCACCUUCAACUUUUUCCCGACUGCCAAACAUGAACUCGCAUAUAACCUCUUCAAUAUCAUCACGUUAUACGCCCUACCCCUGCUCAUUAUAUCAGCGUCAUAUUCAUUAAUAUUAUUUGAAAUAUCCAAGAAAACACGACAAAGUAGAGAAGAGACAGGUUUAUCAGCGAAGGCUCGAAGUCGAUUACGCCGUUCUUCUAUGGGAAACAUUCGUCGUGCACGUAGCAGAACAUUAAAGAUGACAUUAGUAAUAGUCAGUGUGUUUGUGCUGUGCUGGACGCCUUACUUUGUAAUAUCGGCAUGGUGGUGGUUCGACAAAGACUCUGCUAAGAAGUUAGACCCAAAGAUACAGAAAGGUUUAUUCUUGUUUGCCGUUUCUAACUCCUGCAUGGAUCCGAUAGUGUAUGGAAUGUUCACCAUCAAUUUCAAGAGGGAGUUAGUUCGCUGCUGCUGUUGUUUGAAAACGGCCUUGAAACGACAGAAACUUCGGGGUGUCAUGAUACACUAUCAGUCAUCCACAAGAAGAAGUCCCAUCAACUUUAAGAGUGGUUCUUACUUCAAGGCCAAAUUUCAAUCAAAUCAGUUUUACGAAGAUAGUGAAGUUGACUCGAGCACCGGACUCAGUAGAUUUUCUGGAACUGUGGAUUCCCCAAGAACGGUGACAAAUCACACGCACACAGUCCCAGGCAGUGGUGCGAUGUCAUCCAAAUGUAACACCGAAUCUCGAGCAAAUAUAAACAACUUCAUGACAAUUAAACUGCCUAUCGAUACGGAACAAAAUAAUUGACUCGAAAACCUGCUCACAGAACUCACAUGAAAUAGUGUGUACCAUAUGUUCUGUCGUGUGGCUUACAUGACCAAUACAAGGUAUUGCUUAAUGACAAUAUAAUCAACACAUAGACAAGGUGUCUGUUUGUAUGAGUGGACAGACGUUUAUUGUUUAAUAUACAUGUACACCUAUAGUUUUGUUUAACAUGUGGAUUACUCUUUGACAAAUAGGGGUAUAACAAAACUUAAACUGUGAUAUAUAGAUAGAAAUUUUAUAAUGAUUGGUUGCAAAAUAGUAUAUUUAAAGAAAUCACCAAUUAUUUAUUUAAAUACCGUUUUUUCCUCUUUUAAUGUAAUUAUAAUUUGGUUACAAACAUGUUAAUCUCGAGAUCCAUUUCAGACAGUGUUAUAUAAUCUUGUUAACAAUAAUACGAAAGCAUUAAAGUGCGAAGUACAUUAUAAGAAUCACCACAGUUUUUUCGCACACUUUUAUACGUGUAAGAUCGACCGAUUAAGAAACCAUAAAUCUGACUCCAAAUCAAUGUAACGAGGGCAGGGGCAAAAUAUGAACAGUGUGUAUAUAUAUAUUUGCAUAGAGACUCUUGAAACGUAGCAGUACAAUAGGGCCAGGCAUACAAAUCUAGAUAAAGCAGGGGUUCCGUCACAUUCUCCAAUGAACUAGGGCGGUAACAAAGGAACCACCAGAUACAUCAACAAUCAUCGAACACGUCUGAUUUAUUAUAUUAUGGGAGUAAGUCGAUUUCGCUGGAAUAUGUAAACACUAAAGGAAGGGGAAACAAGGAUGUUACUGGCUAAAGAUAAAAAUUAACAGCCGAGAACAAAAAUAGAUUUUGAUGGGAACAAGACAGUGGAUUUACGCCAACAUAAGCCAAAAACCAUUCUCGAAGAAUAAUUAUCAUGCAAGUAUUUUGUAAAGUACCGAAAGAGCGUCAAUCUCGGAACUCAACCUACAGUAAGGUGUUCAAGGAUGAACUUAUUGUUCGGUUUGACAUUGUAGAUAAUGUAAAAAAUGUUGAUUUGAUUAAACAUCUAAAAUUUAUUGUGAAAAAAAAUGAAUGUAUAAAAGUAUAAUGGAUGUGACGAGGAUUAUGUUUGUGUAUAAUUAGUUUGUAGCUUUAUAUUUGUAUAAAUAACGAUCCCAGUGAUCACGCUACAAAACUGUCACAAAGCAAACCUAGCUGAUUUAUAUUGAUCAUUCCAUGGUAUUAAGUUUUUGUUUGUCUUAUUUUGUGAAGUUUUCUUGUUAAUUGUGAUAUAUGGUGUUAUUUAUUAAUUGCUAUAUACAAAUAUCUCCAAUGGAAUCUUGGUAUGUGAGAACAACCAAAAGGCAACCACUACUGUGCUUUAAAAUUGCGAUGGAAAAUCGUGAAAAAAAUCCAUCGCAAAUUCAGUUUUAAGUUUGCGGCAAUAUGAACAAACCAUAAUUUUGUGACAUUUGUUCUAUACGCUUAAUCCAAAAGAAGCAAAAACGCCAUGAUUAUCGUUUGUUGCGGGUUAUUUCCGGAAACUUCUUUGUUAUGCUGCCUAGGAUUUGUGACGUUCAAAUUGAAGCGAAAUACGCCUAUCGGGAUAACACCAUUCAUCAAUUACAUGUACGUCUUUUCCAUGUGGUGUCGUUCAUUCAUUGAAUCAGCAAUCACAAUCGAGGUUGUGUAAACUAUGUACAUAUGCCAUGCUAAAUCACGAUGGACUAUCGAAUUAUUUUUGCCUGCAUUUUAUAUUUCAUUAAUUACAAAAAUAGAUGUUUGACAAUUGGACAAUGACUAUAUUUUCGAUAAAGAGAUCCCCUUGUGUAUAAUUUUUUUUUAAAUGAUGCAAGAAUUUGUCUAAAUUUAAUAAAACAAAAAACAUAAAAAUAUUAUUCAUCUAGAUAACUGCUGCAAACAAAUUUGUUUUCGAAUGUAUAUAGUGACAGGUCAAUAUGUCACAAAAAUGACGUUAUGAUAUUGUAAGUGCAUUGCGUAGAUGUAAAACGCAAAUAAAAUGGAGUAAAUCAUAUUCAAAUUAUCAAAGAAUCCGUUUUAAUUGGUGCCAUGAUUACUGGGAAAUUUUGAGAUCACAUUUGCACCCAUUUGAGAGAAAGAGUCAAUUGAAAGAUUUUUUGUCCUGUGCUUUUAAUAAAUAAUUUACAGGGAAGAGCAUUUUGUAUCGAACACACCGGUGGGUAUGAUAUUGGGUACAUGUAGUUAAAAUAAGUGUCACCUACUUGGAUCAUCUCAGAGGAUGUGGUCACUCAUGCGUAUUAAUCGCUGUAUGUAAUUGCUAACACAAACGUAGGCUUUCCUAUUGAAUGUUCAUUCCUAAUUAAGACAAACAAAUAUAAAUACAGAAUUGGUAAAAUGGAGAGAGGAGGUUUAUACUCAC